CCGUCCGGAUGCCCGGGUAGUACUGCCGCCCCCCCUCCCCGCCUGAAGCUGCGGCGAUUUCCGGUCGCCGCCUCCACCGUCUCGCUCGCUCUGAGGUGUCGUACCGACCGCCGCCGCCGCUGCUAUUUGCUUCCGCUUGCCUGGCUAAUCCCAGUGGAAUCGAGGUAUUGUUUCCCAUCGUGGUGUUCUGGUCAACCUGCCAAACAUAUUCUUCCAACAUAAGAUACAACCCUGAGCCUUUUGUAGUGACCCGCUAAAGUGAUGGCAGAAGUUCAGGAUGGCUAUUUUGAUUCAUCCACUGACAGCUUGCGUGUUGAGCCUAUUUAUGAAUCAUUCCUUUGUCCACUCUCUAAACAAGUUAUGCGUGAUCCUGUCACUAUAGAGAGUGGUGUCACAUUUGAACGGGAGGCUAUUUUGAAGUAUUUCAAGGAAUGUGGUAGCGGUGCAAGGAGACUUGUCUGCCCUAUUACUAGUAAGGAACUCAGCAGUACCGAGUUAAAUCCAAGCAUUGCUCUGCGGAACACCAUUGAUGAAUGGAUGCAUAGAAAUGAGGCAGCAAAACUUGAUGUAGCCCGUAAGUCAUUAACUUCUGAGUGUUCACACAGUGAUACUUUGCAAGCUCUUGAGUAUGUUGCAGAGAUAUGUCAGAGAAGUAGAUCCAGUAGGCAUGUAGUGAGGAAAGUUGGUUUGAUUAGCCUGAUUACUGAAUUGUUGAAGAAUAGCAGUCCAAAAAUUCGUCAAAAGGCAUUGGAAAGUCUUCGCUUUGUGGCAAAAGAUGACAAUGACAACAAGAAUGAAAUUGCUGCUGGAGACAAUAUUCGCACAAUUGUGAAGUUCUUAAAUCAUGGGCACGUACAUGAGAAAGAACAAGCUGUAUCUCUGUUAUAUGAACUUUCAGAAUAUAAACCUCUUUCAGAGAAGAUUGGCAGUGUUCCUGGUGCUAUUCUUAUUCUCGUUGGACUGUCAAGUAGUAAAGUAGAAAACCUAUUGACAGUUGAUAGAGCCGAGAAGACAUUGGAAAAUUUAGAGAGCUGUGAAAAGAAUGUUAGGCAGAUGGCUGAAAACGGUAGGCUGCAACCACUUCUUAGGCUUCUCCUUGAAGGUUCAUCUGAUACACAAUUAUCCAUGGCUGCACAUCUUGGGGAGCUUGUUUUAAGCAAUGAUGUGAAGGUCCUUGUGGCACAAACAGCAGGGUCUACACUGGUGAAUCUCAUGAAAAGUGGGAACAGGGAGGCCAGAGAAGCAGCUCUGAAAGCAUUAAAUCAAAUUUCAUCUUACGAUACGAGUGCAAAGAUACUUAUUGAAGCAGGCAUUCUUCCACCUCUCAUCACAGAUCUCUUCACUGUUGGCAGUAACCAGCUUCCGAUGAGGUUGAAGGAAGUAUCAGCAACAAUUCUUGCAAAUAUUGUGGCAUCAGGUGCAAGUUUUGAGUCCAUUCCACUUGAUCACAACCGCCAGAACUUGGUGUCAGAAGAAAUUGUUCAUAAUCUGCUUCAUCUGAUCAGUAAUACUGGACCUGCAAUUGAGUGCAAAUUACUUCAAGUCCUUGUUGGUCUAACAACUUCUUCUACAACUGUCCAAAGCAUAGUUGAUGCCAUCAAGAGCUCUGGUGCUACUGUCAGCUUGAUUCAGUUUGUUGAAGCACCUCAAAGAGAAGUACGCAUGGCUUCCAUCAAACUUUUGAAUAACAUAUCACCUUUUAUGGGUCAAGAACUAGCUGACGCUUUUCGUGGAAAUUUUAGUCAACUCAGCAGCUUGGUCAGGGUCAUUGCUGACAACAAUGGUAUUUCUGAAGAGCAAGCAGCAGCUGCUGGCCUCAUAGCUGAUCUUCCUCCACGGGACUCAGUGCUCACCAGACGUCUUCUACAAGAUGGGGCCUUCUCCACAAUCAUAACAAAAGUGAUAAUGGUUCGGCAAGGGGAAAUUCGUGGUGGCCGCUUCGUCAAUCCAUUUCUUGAAGGUCUAGUUAGGGUUGUUUCCCGGAUCACUUAUAUCUUGGAUGAUGAUCCAGAUAUCAUUGCUGUUGCUCGUGAUUACAAUCUCACUCCCCUCUUUACUGAUCUACUUCAGAUGAAUGGUCUUGACACUGUCCAGAUAGUCUCUGCUACUGCACUAGAGAAUCUCUCUCGCCAGUCGAAGCUUCUAACUAAGAUAGUGCCGGCUCCCAACCCAGGAUUGUGUUUUUCAAUAUUUCCAUGCCUCAGUCAAAAAUCUGUGGCAACUGGCGCAUGCAAAGUUCAUGUUGGGAUAUGUUCUGCAAAGGAGAGUUUCUGUCUCUUGGAAGGGAAGGCAGUGGAGAAGUUGGUUGCUUGCUUGGACCACAACAAUGAGAAAGUAGUUGAAGCAGCUCUGGCAGCACUUUCCACCUUAUUGGAGGAUGGAGUAGACAUUGAACAAGGUGUCACGGUCUUGUGUGAUGCAGAGGGGGUCAAUCCUAUUCUAGAUGUAUUAUGCGAGAAUCGUAAUGAGGCACUCCGGCAGCGAGCAGUGUGGGCAGUGGAGAGGAUCCUGAGGAUAGAUGAAAUAGCUUAUGAGAUAUCUGGAAACCAAAAUGUUGGAACAGCAUUAGUUGAAGCAUUCAGGCAUGGCGACUCCAGGACAAGACAAAUAGCAGAGCGAGCACUGAAGCAUGUUGACAAACUGCCCAAUUUCUCUGGAAUAUUUUCCAAGAUGGGAGCAGCAUGACAAUCUUAGAAAUGAAUAGGCUAGCUCUACUUCACACAUCGAUUGCAGAUCUUCUUAAGUUGCAGAGGAACACAGAGCUUGAUUGUUUGUGCUUGCCAAAUCCCAGGCAACUUGGAUUGUGUUCCCAGCUUAACAGUGUUGGUUUUUCUGACUGCUUCUCUCCAAAUGGUUUUCAAAUGGUCAGAUUGACUGAAUGAGAAUUCAAGGUAUUGCUCCUGUUGUAUAGUAUGGUGUAUAUCUUUCCCCUGUAAUCUUGUUGUGUUUGUAUUAUUCAGAUGGCCAGAUCCAUAGCAUGAUAUUUUUUCUCUGUUUAUACAAUAUUUAUACAUAAACCCCAACAUGGGGGGCCAAAAGAAAGGGAAAAAGGUGUUGCAUGAAAGAAGUUUAGCAGUUUUUGUCCACUGUGUUCUUUGUUUAUUGAGCUGCAGCUUUUAUUUGCUGGGAUAUUGUUGAAUUUUGAUUUUGUAUGAUAUAUCUGUUGAAGGAACAGCAGCUUGACAAAGUGCCUGACUAAAAUGGUCCUCUUUGCAGUCAUAGUACAGAUGCAUGCAUGCUGAAUCCAAUCGUAC